AUGAGGUGUGAGGCCCUGGUGCGAGUGGACGAUGUAGAGCGUGGCGAUGAGCCAGAGUGUGACGAUGGUGAACAGGAAGGGCGCACGGAUGCAGAUGAGGAAAUUGUCCAUGCAGAUCAUAAGGUCUGCGAUAGGCUUUCCGGUGACCACUGCCUCCAGCUUGGCGAUGACCUCGUAACACGUGACUGGCGGCUGCGUUACCCCGUCCGGCGGCGUGAGCCCGUGAGAGUAGAGGAGGGGCAGUGCCUUGUCACACUGGUGGAGGGGCUUGGACUUGGAGUCGUGGCAUUGAAGUUCCUCGAGAUCACAGUGCAACUUGAGCAGCGAUUCCCACAGUCUGUCGGGCAGGUACACUGUCCAGCUGAGGUAGGUGUGGGUGAAGAUCGGCGCGUAGAGGGCGUAGGCCCGGUAGGUGAUGGGCUUCAUGAGUUGUGGGCAGUUGACGUUAUCGAUGCCACAGCCAAGCAGCGUGGACAGCGUCUUGGGAUGGUCCUUGUCGUGGUCGUGGUUGGAGGUGGGAGGGGCGGAGCCCCGGAUGCCCUUGAUGACAUGGAGGUCGUCGGCAGCAAGUUGAUCCCACUCGGGGCAGUCGUCAUGCUGACUGGAGAGGGCGGAGCCCAGAGAGGAAAAACUUGA